UGUUUCCCGUGUGGGUUAAUGGCUCCUCCUGCUACAGACUGAGACGGAGCUGGCACCGAGCGAUGAUACGGGGCGAGCUGUAACACCGCGGAGGAAAAAAAAGCGAUUACACCCCAAAUACCAGCGGGUUCUGAUCGCGCUCGUGUGGGGGCAUCUGGGUAAAACGCUGUCCGGGCGGUAAGCAGGGUCGAGGGCUGAAUUCAGCGGCGGACGGUCGAGGACAGCGGCGUAUUUUUCUAACAACCAACUCCCCUGAUGAACUCCGUCAGAGCCACCAACCGGAGACCCAGGCGAGUGUCGAGGCCGCGCCCGGUGCAGCCCGAACGGAACAACGGGGACAGAGAUGAGGAGGCUCCUGCAGCUGCAGCAGAGAUGGCUAUUGAGGAGUCCGGUCCAGGAGCUCAGAACAGUCCCUACCAGCUUAGACGCAAGACCCUGCUUCCCAAGAGAACCGCUUCUGCCUCUGCCACCGCCUCUGCCUGUCCCAGCAAGGGCCCAAUGGAGGGAGCUUCCACGUCAUCCACAGAGGGCUUUGGCCAUCGAGCCAAGCGGGCACGAGUGUCCGGUAAGAGCCACGACCUGCCAGCAGCCCCAGCAGAGCAAUAUCUGCAGCAAAAACUUCCAGAUGAGGUUGUUUUGAAGAUCUUCUCCUACUUACUAGAACAGGAUCUAUGUCAGGCAGCAUGUGUCUGCAAGAGAUUCAGCCAGCUAGCCAACGACCCGAUCCUAUGGAAGCGCCUGUACAUGGAUGUGUUUGAGUACACACGGCCCAUGAUGCACCCUGAGCCAGGCAGGUUCUACCAGGUCAGCCCUGAGGAGCAUGAACACCCAAACCCCUGGAAGGAGAGCUUCCAACAGCUGUACAAAGGGGCCCAUGUAAAACCUGGAUUUGCUGAGCAUUUCUACAGUAACCCUGGAAGAUACAAAGGCAGAGAGAAUAUGCUCUAUUAUGACACCAUUGAAGACGCACUGGGUGGGGUACAAGAGGCUCACUUUGACGGUCUAAUCUUCGUUCACUCUGGCAUCUAUACUGAUGAGUGGAUUUAUAUUGAGUCCCCCAUCACUAUGAUUGGUGCAGCUCCUGGCAAAGUAGCAGACAAGGUGGUGAUAGAGAAUACUAGAGAUUCAACCUUUGUCUUCAUGGAAGGCUCUGAGGAUGCCUAUGUGGGAUAUAUGACCAUCAAGUUUAAUCCCGAUGAUAAGUCGGCACAGCACCAUAACGCCCACCACUGUCUGGAGAUCACAGUCAACUGCAGCCCCAACAUCGAUCACUGCAUCAUUCGCUCCACAUGCACAGUGGGUUCAGCUGUGUGUGUGAGUGGCCAAGGAGCCUGUCCAACUAUCAAACACUGCAACAUCAGUGACUGUGAGAACGUAGGACUAUACAUUACAGAUCAUGCACAGGGCAUUUAUGAAGAUAAUGAAAUUAGCAACAAUGCUCUAGCAGGAAUUUGGGUGAAGAACCACGGUAAUCCCAUCAUUAGACGUAACCACAUCCACCAUGGGCGAGAUGUUGGAGUUUUUACCUUUGACCAUGGAAUGGGCUACUUUGAGAACUGUAACAUCCAUAGAAAUCGUAUAGCCGGCUUUGAGGUCAAGGCCUACGCCAACCCCACAGUAGUGCGUUGUGAGAUCCACCACGGCCAAACAGGAGGCAUCUACGUGCACGAGAAGGGCCGGGGACAGUUUAUAGAGAACAAAAUCUAUGCUAACAACUUUGCUGGGGUGUGGAUCACGUCCAACAGUGACCCAACGAUACGGGGAAAUGCAAUAUUCAACGGUAACCAAGGAGGGGUGUACAUCUUCGGUGACGGUCGGGGUUUGAUAGAGAAUAACGAUAUCUAUGGUAAUGCCUUGGCGGGAAUCCAGAUCCGAACUAACAGCUGCCCCAUUGUACGGCACAACAAGAUCCAUGAUGGUCAGCACGGGGGCAUCUAUGUGCACGAAAAAGGCCAAGGGGUGAUCGAAGAGAAUGAGGUUUACAGCAACACGCUGGCAGGAGUCUGGGUGACCACAGGCAGCACUCCUGUGCUCCGCAAGAACCGUAUACACAGCGGCAAACAGGUUGGUGUGUAUUUCUAUGACAACGGCCACGGUGUGUUGGAAGACAAUGACAUUUACAAUCACAUGUACUCUGGUGUUCAAAUAAGGACAGGGAGCAACCCCAAGAUCAGGCGUAAUAAGAUAUGGGGAGGUCAGAAUGGAGGGAUUUUAGUUUACAACUCAGGUCUGGGCUUCAUUGAGGACAAUGAGAUUUUUGACAAUGCCAUGGCUGGGGUGUGGAUCAAGACGGACAGCAACCCUACCCUGAGAAGAAAUAAGAUUCAUGAUGGCAGAGAUGGAGGCAUCUGCAUCUUCAACGGAGGCAGAGGUCUGCUGGAAGAAAACGACAUCUUCAGGAAUGCGCAGGCUGGUGUGCUGAUCAGCACCAACAGCCAUCCAAUACUGCGCAAGAACCGCAUUUUUGAUGGCUUCGCUGCAGGUAUUGAGAUCACUAACCAUGCCACAGCCACACUAGAGAGCAACCAGAUCUUCAACAAUCGCUUUGGAGGCUUGUUUCUGGCCUCAGGAGUCAACGUCACUAUGAAAGAUAAUAAGAUUCUGAACAACCAGGAUGCCAUUGAGAAGGCAGUGAGCAGAGGACAAUGUCUCUACAAAAUCUCCAGUUACACCAGUUACCCCAUGCAUGACUUUUACAGAUGUCACACCUGUAACACAACAGAUAGGAAUGCCAUCUGCGUUAACUGCAUCAAAAAAUGCCACCAAGGGCAUGAUGUAGAAUUUAUACGGCACGAUCGGUUUUUCUGCGACUGCGGAGCAGGAACCUUGUCCAACCCGUGCACUCUGGCAGGAGAGCCCACACAUGACACGGACACUCUGUAUGACUCGGCACCGCCCAUUGAGUCCAACACGCUGCAACAUAACUGAAGGCAUCGAGCUGAUUGGACAGUCUGUGACAUAAACAUACAAACGCAUUCACUGCACACAGCCGAACACACACAGAAACACACACAGAAACACACACACGCAAACACACAAUUACAUACACACUUGCAGCCAUAAGGACCCAGAGAGACUCUGUGAUCGCGGCGCUCUCAGAUGGGAUCGAGGAGGAAAGAGGUUGCAGAGGAAGCAGCUUCCUGCCCGCUGCAGCAGAGGCAGCCUCCGCUAGAGGGAGCAGUGGAGCUGACUGAACGGCCACAAGAGAUUCCUCAACAGAGUAUUUCUUAAUGCACUCGGUAGACAAGAAGAAGGGAAGAUAAGGGGCGAUGCAUCUGACGGCCAACGGUGUCCUGCAUCUACCCUCAGCAAAGAUCCCCUCUGGUUUUAACCCUCGCUCUGGGCCCACUCCUACUUCUUCACAAGCACUGCUGUCGAAAGACUUCCUGCUUCCUCACAGCUGCCAUCCCCAUUGGCUGCCCAGGCAGUUGUAACUAGGCAACAGAAGGGCAGAUGUUGCUCGGUUGUGUGUGGGUAAAGGUUGUGUGUGUGUGACGGAGCACUUGGGCUUUUUUUUUUUUUUUUUUUUUUUUAAAAAACAAAAAACAAAAAUAUGUUAAGAUCAAUGGAUUUUAUUUCAAUGCUUUCUCAUGUAGUUUUGUAUUUUUAAGCAAAAAGCUGAGUGUAUUUGAAUGUCUUUUAUUUUAUUAUAUAUUAUUAUAAUUAUUAUUAUUUUUCUUUGAUUAGCGUCCCCCCUCCCACCCCGACACCCAGGCAAACUGCAGAAACUCAAACGUCCCAGUGGUGAAUUUCUUUCUGUGAAAGAGAAUCUUGUUUAAACACUACAAACCCUCUCCACUUUAUUAGUUUAAAUGGCAGGUGGAGGGGCUUCAAUUGUACAAGAGUGUGGGUGUGUGGUUACAUGUGUGUUGUGUACAGUGAAAGUUGUGAGUGUGCGUGUGUAUAUGUUCAGAUGUUAAUGCAGUCAGUGUUUGUGGAGAGGGUUAAAUAGAAGGUAUCAGAGCUCCUUUAACUGGAACCGUGAAUUAUUCUGCAGGACCCUCCCCCACCGUCGUCCCUUCUCUCCCCGUGUAUCGUGGUGACUGUGGCUCCUCAUGCAGCCUGAAUCGUAUGCAUGUACCAUAACAUCUAGACUUAAUAUAUUGUGAAGUAUUCAAUAACCAUUAUGUAGAUGCUAGGUGAAAUUCAAAAAGGGGUAUACUUUCUUAGAAAGAAAAAAAGAAAACAGGAAACUGGCCAUUUCUAAGAAAAUAAAACUUUAUUAGAUCA